GUGAUAAACGGAGGCUUCACGGCGGCCGAGGACCGUUGACAACAAAGGCGAGAGGCAGAUUUUUAUUUAGAGUCAGCACGGUUUCAUCAGAUAAGCGCUAAAUUAUUCAGGAUCAGAAAGAGAAAAAUCGACCGCUAUCGUCGUGCUAAUUGGGAAGCGCACCAUGUCGGCUAUCUGUGGACCCACAGGCUGAAGAGGUCUGAUCGUUCUGGAGAGCAGGGAAGCAAGAGAUGGGGAACACGGCCACCAAGUUCCGCAAGGCACUGAUCAGUGGAGAUGAGGUUCUGGCCUAUCAGUUGUACGAGGGUAACCCUCAGUUCAAAGAGUCUCUAGACCCCAACACCUCAUAUGGGGAACCGUACCAACACAACACCCCGCUCCAUUAUGCUGCCAGACAUGCCAUGACACGCAUACUCCGGUCCUUCCUCUUCAGCAAGGAUGGGAACCCCAACAAACGUAACAUGCACAAUGAGACCACAUUGCAUGUGUUGUGCAUGGGGCCAAAUAUCUUGCUAUCCGAAGGGGCGCUGCAGCCGCGACUAGCCCGUCCCUAUGAAGAUGAAUGCAGACGGGCUGAGUGCCUCCAGAUGAUCCUAAAAUGGACCGGCGCCAAACUGGACCGUGGUGAAUAUGAGAGUGCUGACGUCAGUGCCACCGAUAACCAGAAAAACACACCACUACACUAUGCCUCUGCCUCAGGGAUGAAGACAUGUGUGGAGUUUCUGUUGAAGCGUGGUGCAGACCUGUUUGCGGAGAAUGAGAUCAAGGAGACCCCAUGUGACUGUGCAGAAAGGCAACACCAUAAGGAGCUUGCGCUUAGUCUGGAGUCUCAGAUGGUCUUCUCCACUGACCCCCAUGCAGAGGAUAUCGAGGCAGAGUAUGCAGCCUUAGACCGCAGGGAGUUUUAUGAAGGUUUGCGAGUGCAGGACCUCAGGAGACUGAAGGACAUGUUGAUAGUGGAGACGGCAGAUAUGUUGCAAGCUCCUCUCUUCACCGCAGAGGCUCUUCUUCGGGCUCAUGACUGGGACAGGGAGAAACUCCUGGAAGCUUGGAUGUCUAAUGCUGAAAACUGCUGUCAGCGCUCAGGUGUUCAGAUGCCAACUCCUCCGCCCAGAGGCUACAACACCUGGGACACCCUGCCCUCACCCCGUACGCCUCGCACCACACGCUCAUCUAUCACCUCCCCGGACGAGAUCAGCCUGACCCCUGCUGAUGAUGAUCACUCCUUGUGCGGAAUUUGUAUGUGUGCGGCCUCCAUGUUUGAGGAGCCUGUUGAUAUUCCAUGUGGUCACGAGUUCUGCAGAGGAUGCUGGGAAAGUUUCCUGAAUAUGAAGAUUCAGGAGGGGGAGGCCCAUAACAUCUUCUGCCCAGCCUAUGACUGCUUCCAGCUGGUUCCUGUUGAGGUCAUUGAGAGCAUUGUGUCCAGAGAGAUGGACAAACGUUAUCUGCAGUUUGACAUCAAGGCAUUUGUGGAGAAUAAUCCUGCCAUCCGGUGGUGCCCGCGGGCUGGCUGUGAUAGAGCGGUGCGAUUGGCCGGACAGGGGCAAGGUGCCAGCACCUCUGACCCGCUUAGUUUUCCUCGCCUCCAGGCCCCUGCGGUGGACUGUGGCAAGGGUCAUCUUUUCUGCUGGGAAUGCCAAGGAGAAGCCCAUGAACCAUGUGACUGCCAAACUUGGAAGAUGUGGCUCCAGAAAGUCAAUGAUAUGAAACCAGAAGAACUGGCAGGUGUAAGUGAUGCGUAUGAAGAUGCUGCCAACUGCCUGUGGUUACUCACCAACUCCAAACCCUGUGCCAACUGCAAAUCUCCCAUUCAGAAGAAUGAGGGCUGUAACCACAUGCAAUGUGCCAAGUGCAAGUAUGAUUUCUGUUGGAUCUGUAUGGAAGAGUGGAAAAAACACAGUUCCUCUACAGGAGGUUACUACCGCUGCACACGCUAUGAGGCCAUUCAGCAGGUGGAGGAGCAGUCUAAAGAGAUGACCGUUGAGGCUGAGAAGAAACACAAGAACUUCCAGCAAUUGGAUCGCUUCAUGCACUAUUACACACGCUUUAAGAACCACGAGCACAGCUACCAGCUGGAAGAACGUCUGCUUAAGACGGCCAAAGACAAGAUGGAACAACUGAGCAAAGUUUUGAGUGGAAGAGAAGGCGGCCCUCCAGAUACUACUUUCAUUGAAGAUGCAGUGCAUGAACUACUCAAGACUCGUCGUAUUCUCAAGUGCUCUUACCCUUAUGGGUUCUUUCUGGAGCCCAGAAGCACAAAAAAGGAAAUAUUUGAACUUAUGCAGACUGACUUGGAAAUGGUGACUGAAGAUCUUGCACAGAAAGUCAACCGGCCUUACCUCCGCACGCCUCGUCAUAAGAUAAUCCGCGCUGCCUGCCUGGUGCAACAAAAGAGGCAGGAGUUUCUGGCCUCCGUGGCAAGAGGUGUGGCGCCCAAUGAUUCACCCGAAGCCCCUCGACGCAGUUUUGCUGGUGGAACAUGGGACUGGGAGUACUUGGGUUUCGCUUCUCCCGAGGCAUAUGCUGAGUUCCAGUACAGACGCAGACACAGGCAGCGCAGGAGAGGAGACAUGGCCAGCCUCCGCAGCAACACACCCGAACCUGAUGACCCAGCCCACAGCACUUUAGACACACAAGAAAUUGGUGGUGGUCACAGACUGGGUCUGCUCAUGCCUCACAGCUCCCUGGAUGAGGAUGAUCCGAAUAUCCUGUUGGCCAUCCAGCUGUCUCUGCAGGAGUCUGCACUGACUGCAGGCAGUGCUGGCGUUGAUGCUCAAGAGAUCCUCGCAAACGAAGCAUCUCUGGGGGCUAUCGGAACAUCCCUGCCCACGCGUCUGGACCCGGUGCUGUGCGGGAUAGACGUGCCCCGUGCUGCCCUGAGCAGCUCUGAGCUGUUAGAGGUGGGUGACAGCCUAAAGAAGCUCGGUAAUAUCAGUGGCCAGAAUGUCCCUCUGCGUUUUGACAAUCUCAACCAUCCUUCCUGUGAGUCUGCUGAUGGUCCCUUCCAAGCUCCUUCAGGACUUAUGGAAACCUCUGAUUUCAAUUCAGACAACGCCAACCUUCUAGGCAACAUCAUGGCUUGGUUUCAUGACAUGAACCCGCAGAAUAUCAAUUUGGUUCCUUCGGCUGGUGAAUUCGGUGCUCAGUCGGCAAGGAUGACAUCAGAGCCGACUGAGUGUGCCGUUCCACAGUGGACAGCGGGGGGCGAUAGAGAGGCAGAGCACGAGUUUGACUCCGGUAUCGUCACAGGAGAGCGUGAGCCCAUCAGGCCGACACAAUUAGACCUGGUAGGCCUCGAUAUGUGUGCGGUACCUUCUGCUACGUCCAUCGAGUUGGGCGAAACUCCGAGCGGUUUGAACCCGUGUCCCUCUGACACCCCAAAAUGUGACUCAGACCCCGACCAGCCUAGCAGUAACUCCUCUGAAUGGGAGGGUCAAGUACACCUUGUAUGAAAUACUGACUUCACCUACUAGCUAAGCCACUUUUUUGAUGAAGUAGCUGCCUGAUUGCGAACCCGAGGAUCAAGAUUAAUCAUGAUGAGAAGCUUUGUAUGGUCAGAUAUGUAGAAAUCGAAACCAUUUUUGAGUACCCGCUCAGUACUCGUGUGUUUCAGGCCUUUGUGCUCAUGAGGCAUGUGUUCUUUGCUCACUAAAAAACUCAUUCCGGUCUUGGAGUGUUAAACGCUUUUAGAAGAGUCAGCAACUGAAACAGAAAGCGCUAUGAAGACGGGACAAGAAGUGAGGUAGUCCGAAAAAUCUACUGUAUAGAACAGGAUGAUAUUCAGUGCGAGUUCGCCUGAUUAAAAAGGAUGUAAAAGAUACUGUAGGUGCCAAAAAACACUGGCUAGCACACGCCGAGCGGACGGUGUGCUGUUUGUGCCUGCUGCUGAGGGCCUAGCCUCCCUAUUCAGUACACUAUCCUUCCUUUAAAAUAGACCUGUAGUAUUAGAGAAGUACACAGCAGCAUCACGCUCAGAAGAGCAGGGCUGAUAAUCACAGAAACUAAAUGAACAGUAAUUCUAGUUGCAGUUGACUUUUCGUAAUCACUGUAAUCCGUCACCGGUUAAUUAGAAUGGAAAGUACCAGCGAGGUUAAACUCGGUUCAGAGGUGCCACGCUGGAUCUGGAAAACGUUUCGUCUUUGCAACUUCUCACAGUGCCUUUUCUGUGAAACUUCUCUUUAUUUAUAGCCGCUCUCUUUCGCUCGGAGCCCAGAGUGAGGGAAUUUCCAAGACGCAUCGUACGAUUAAGCAAACUGAGGUCAAUAUUUUUUGAAAGACAUUUUUAUACAUGUUCGUUUGUUCUUCAGCAUGACUCUGGCCCCUUCUCCCAGGUUGUUUUUAAAGCAAUUAUCUAAAAAAAAAAAAAUGAAAGAAUUAAUUAACUCUGACACAUUUACGGAUCAAAUCCAUCUAUAUUUAAUGAGAUACUAUUCAUUGUGUGUUAAGAUGUGAUUUCCACAUGGCCACAAUUGAAAAAAAAAUCUAAUUCUCAAAUUUAAAUGUCAGAUAAAAAUCCGUAGAUGUUCUCCUGGUGCAUCUCUGAUAGAAAUUUAAGUUUUUUUCCAAAAAUCAAAAUAUCUAAGGUCUCAUCUAUUGAGCUUUUGGUAGAGGCAAAGGCAUUACAGUUUGAUGGCCAGAAGCUGUUUUAGCUUCAUAUUUACAUUUCUAUAUAUGAUGGAACUCACCCACAAUUACGUUUUUUUUUUUUUACAAUUAAUUUAACUGGUAUUUCUCUACAAUAAAUUAUGGAAAUUAAUUUUCUAUUUAUUUGACAC